AUGAGGCAUGUACCAUCCACGGAACAAGAAGCGUCAGGGGUAGGAAAUACCAACCAGAAGAGCCAGUCGCUUCAGGUUUCUCUACAAAUUCUGAUAGCUUUGCGAUAUUACGCUACCAGAAGUUUCCAGUCUGUUAUAGCGGACGCUCAUGGUGUUAAGCUUAACUCUGUGUCAAGGAGCAUUCAUUAUGUGUCUCGAGAGUUAAGUCUAAGAUUGAGUCGUUAUGACAAUUUCCCAGAUAGAAGAACGCAACAGUUAGAUGAUAUCAAGGACGGUUUUCACAACAUCGCCGGAUUUCCGAAUGUACUUGGUGCGGUGGAUGGGACGUUUUUGCCUAUUAUAGCGCAAACAGAGGACGAACAUUUACAUGUAUAUGUAACCAGAAAAGGAUUUCAUGCUAUCAACAUGCAGGGAAUAUGUGAUUCACAAAACAUUUUUCUGAAUGUUGUAGUAUGUUGGCCGGGAUCUUCGCACGACGCGUUUGUCUCGAACAAUUCUGAAACUACAAUGCUUCUCGAGGAAAAUGAUUACGGUGACAGCUGGUUGUUAGGAGACAGUGCAUAUCCUUUGAAAAGAUAUUUACUUACACCUGUUCUUAACUUCACAACACAAGGACAAAUUCGAUACAAUAUUGCACACAAGAGAACGCGCUGUAUUAUAGAGCGUACCUUCGGACUAUGGAAGGUUCAUGUAAAAUGUGGAUUCCUCUUCUCCAGUCUGUUCUUGAUAAUCGCCUCGAAGACGAGAAAGAAGGUCAGUUAA